AUAAUUUUGGAGAAUUUUUUGUAAUUAAUCCAAUAAAUAAAGGAGAAAAGGAAAAGAAGGAAAGGAAAAUCAGUUAAAUCUGAGUGCAGGCAGUUUCCUCUCUUUUUGUUCUUCUCAUUUCCAGUAACCAAGCCCAAAGGCGUUCGCCGACAGUUAACAACAACAACAUUAACAGAAAAUCAUUCUCUGUAUCUUUCAUUUCAACCUCGUCAAUCCAACCAAAUGGGAGGCCUCAAUAACGAAACCGGUUCAACCUCGUUCCUCUCCGAUAAAUCGGCGAAGAUCUUCGUCGCGGGGCACCGCGGGCUGGUCGGCUCCGCAAUCGUACGGAAGCUCGAAUCCCUAGGCUUCACCAACCUUGUCCUCCGCACCCACGCGGAGCUCGACCUCACCCGCCAAAACGACGUCGAAUUGUUCUUCGCCGCCGAGAAGCCACAAUUCGUGUUCCUCUCCGCCGCAAAAGUCGGCGGAAUCCACGCCAACAACACCUACCCCGCCGACUUCAUCGCCGUCAACCUCCAAAUCCAGACCAACGUCAUCGACUCCUCCUACCGCCACGGCGUUAGGAAGCUCCUCUUCCUGGGCUCGUCCUGCAUUUACCCCAAAUUCGCCCCCCAGCCCAUCCCCGAGCAGGCCCUCCUCACCGGCCCAUUAGAGCCCACCAACGAGUGGUACGCCGUGGCGAAGAUCGCCGGGAUCAAGAUGUGCCAGGCUUACCGGAUCCAGUACAACUGGGAUGCGAUUUCCGCAAUGCCCACCAAUCUGUACGGACAAAACGACAACUUUCACCCGGAGAAUUCUCACGUUUUGCCCGCCCUGAUGAGGCGGUUUCACGAGGCGAAAGUGAGGGGGGACAAGGAGGUUGUCGUUUGGGGGAGUGGGAGCCCGUUGAGGGAGUUCUUGCACGUGGAUGAUUUGGCUGAUGCUUGUGUGUUUUUGAUGGAGGAGUAUAGUGGUUUGGACCAUGUGAAUGUUGGGAGUGGGAAGGAGGUGACUAUUAAGGAGUUGGCUGAGUUGGUUAAGGAGGUUGUGGGGUUUGAGGGUGAGCUUGUUUGGGACCGAUCCAAGCCCGACGGGACCCCGAGGAAGCUCAUGGAUAGCUCGAAGUUGGUGGGGUUGGGGUGGACGCCGAAGAUCUCGCUCAAGGAGGGCCUUGUGGAUACCUACAAGUGGUACUUGGAGUAUGUCAAGCAAUGAUUUUUAUGCGAGGUGAUUCUAUCGGACUCAUUUUGUUGAUCUUAUGUAGGUAAAAAUGCAUGUUAUGUGGAAGUUAAUCUAUGAUUGUUGUUGAAAUCUUAUUGCCCUGUUAUUGGAAUAUGGAUUGUAUGCUGAAUUUACGUGGAAUAAUUGAUCCAAGAUGUCGUUGGAGAUCGACCUUUGACGAGAACAGUGUAAAACCAAGUGAGGGGUUGUUCAAGGAAUCAAAAGCGCUGUGCCAUUUUGUAUCA